GAUUCUCUUUCAGUUGUUAAAGUAGAAACCACAAACAAGAAGAAAAAAAAGUAAAGAAAACAAAAGUUGACAAAAUGGGUAUCUGCAUAUCCACUGCAUCUUUUGAGAUUCAUGCUAUUGAUUAUGGCCAUGAAAAUUUGGUUCAUUAUGAAGACAACAACAAUGGUGCCAAUGGAAACCAACAAGUGAUUGGUUCAGUUUAUUCUCAACAAGGAAGCAAAGGACAUAAUCAAGAUUCUGCUAUUAUCUAUCAGGGAUAUGGUGUUGAAAAUGGAGUUUUCAGUGGAGUUUUUGAUGGGCAUGGAGAGAAUGGACAGAUAGUCAGCAAGUUAGUUAUGAAUAAGUUACCAUCUUUGCUUCUGAAACAUAUACUUUCUCUCCCAAAAAUCACUUCUCCAAAACAAAAUGUAAAAGAAGUUGAUGAAUCAGUGAAGAACAAGAACUUUAACAAGUGGAAAGAGGCUUGUCUUAGCUCCUUUAAGGUGGUGGAUAAAGAAAUUAAAUGUCUUGAGAAAUUGGACUUUUCUUGCAGUGGAACAACUGCUGUUGUAGCUAUAAGACAGGAUGAUGACUUGAUUAUAGCUAAUCUUGGCGAUUCUCGAGCUAUAUUAGGAAGAAAGACAGAUGAAGGAACAAUUGAGGCUGUUCAAUUAACUACUGAUUUGAAGCCUAGCCUGCCUUCUGAAGCAGAAAGAAUAAGGAAUUGCGGUGGAAGAGUGCUAGCUCUAGAAAAAGAGGCACAUAUACAGAGAGUGUGGUUGCCCUAUGAAGACGCUCCUGGACUCGCCAUGUCUAGAGCUUUCGGAGAUUUUAUGCUCAAAAACUAUGGCAUAAUCUCAAGGCCUGAUGUUUCUUAUCACCAUCUUUCUCCCAAUGAUCAGUUUCUUGUUCUAGCAUCCGAUGGGGUAUGGGAUGUGCUGAGCAAUGAUCAAGUUGUUUCCGUAGUGUGUUCAACAAACGAUGGAUCAGCAGCGGCGAAAGCAGUGGUAGAGGCUUCUAUAGAUGCUUGGAAAAUGAAGUUCCCUAACAGCAAGAGAGAUGACUGCACUGCAAUUUGCCUAUUCUUGCAAUAAAAUGUUUCUCCUAUAAAUAGUAGUACUUGAGCUAUGAAUAUAAGCAAAUACUAGCUUUUUGUUAUACUAGUAUUCCAUACUGCAAAUAUAGCAGCUAGCUUUGUCAAAGUUUGUUGUGCUUUGGAUGUAAAUUGCCAUUGCUACCUGCCAUACAGCUGUUAUGCUUUUUUUGGGUGCUGCUAAUACAAUACAGUGGGACACUGAUCAUGACAAAAUGUGAAACUUGUUAUCCAUUUUUUAUUUUAGUGUUUUAUCAACAACUAUUGAUAGCUAGUUGUCUUGAAUGUAUGUACCUUUUAUUGUUGAAGCCUUUCAGCUAAUGUGAGAAGAUUUAACCGAU